AUGGAUCAACUAGAUCAACUCAAUUCCAACGAGGACGAUUUUGCUUCCGAGGCUUUCUUCAACCAGGGUGCUUUGCAACAGAUUCAGCAGACGGAUGGAACUGCUGGCCUCGAAGCAGUCGGGAAUGUCACUCUCCCCACCAAUCCUGCCGUCAUUGAGCAGCUUGCCAAACAAUGGGAUUCGGGUUGUUCCGAUCGAGUCGCAUGGUCAAGACAUGGCCACAUCGCAAGCAUAUCGGACGACGGUACUGUUGUCUACCUGGAGUGCCUCAUCUUCAACCACUCCUCCGACUCCUGGGAAUUGAGCGGGAGACACACCCUUACCACCAUUUUUGAGGAUGCUGUCAGUCUGGCAUGGAGUUCCACUGGAGGAGAACUCAUCGUUGUGGAUGCCAAAGGAAGAACUUGGGUAUACCAUAGCUCUCCUGUCUCCAUAAACCGCCUUCUCCUGGUUAGACAAGGCAGCUUGGAUGCUGUGGACGAGUUUUCUCAAUUGAUUGGAAUGGCCUGGUUGAAUCAGGAUCGGCAGGACCGCCCUAGAAAUGUGGUCCUCAAUGCCGCUAAGAACGACAAUAGAUGGGUUCACAGCAACGCCAGGGCGAAACCACUUGGUCCGUACUGGCAUCGAGCCGUGGCGAUGGUCCACCGAAAUGGCAUACUGACCUUAUGCUACCAAAGAGGCGAUAUGCAAUAUGUCAAGGUGAAAAGGCAACUCGGUGAUUUAGAUGAUACCCUCUACACUCAUGCGGCCUUCGCACCUACUGUCGAAGGGAAAAUGCUGGUUGCCUUGCAUGCUUGCGACGGUGUCAUUUCAGUCUAUCUCGUCCAAAUCGACUGGUCCGAAGUCAAGAGCAAUGUUGAAGGCCAACCAAUUCUGACCAUCGAGACGGUCGCUACUUGUGUCUCGUCACUACCAACAACAUCUGCUGCCAUCGGCGGAGAUAGCUACGAACCCGAUUCGUGGCAACUUAGCCACUUAGCGGUGGUGCAGACCUCGGAUGUCGAGAAGACGGUCCAAUUAUCUCCAGUGAUUCUUGCGGUAUCCACGGGAGUCAACAAUUCAAUCGGCGUCGCGGAUGCUGGAUAUCUCGUAACCAGCAUCAUCAAGAAAUGGGCAGUGACACCGGUUGAACAGAAAAUGCAGACACGAUUCCAGGAUCUUCCUUCCAAAGGAUCAACUGUAUCUGAUCCUGCCUCUCUGGUGACACUAGAGCGUCAACCAGACAAAGAGGAACAAGUGAUCACGACACUACGCCACCUUGAUGGUCUACAUGCUGUCAUCGUCACAACCCAAGAGAAUCGCACCGAUUUUCUCAGCUCGGAUGAUCUGUCGUCCAUUUCCUACUCUGCGUCUGUCGAGGAAACAACUUCGAUGGCUCAAUCAGGGUUUGCAUAUCCAUUCACUUCAACCAUUCACUCGCCAGGAUUUUCACCCAAUGCUUGUGUCAGAGCAGAUAUUUCUCCCGAUGGCAAGACCCAAAUAGUCAGUAUGGAGUAUCAGUUCCAUCAAACACAACUGCAACAGCAACAGCAACAACAACACGAGUCAGACCCAGGCACCGAGGUCGCAUUGGCUUCUCUAAAUUUAUCCUUUGCUCGGGCAUGUUGGUCGAAUUCCACUAUUGACGAUAUCCUUUAUUGUGCAUUACGGACCGUCCCAUCAGGACUCAUCCCCACACUCGUCUGCGGAAUGUACCGAACGCUUUUCCGGGAUACAGAGUACAUUCAUGAGAAGACACAAGGCUCUGAACUCGAGCGAGUCUUCCACAAGCAAGUCAUGGGAAAGGUCAUGGCCUAUCAUGCGGGAUUAACAGCACCUUCACGUACUCUCCCCACGGCCUUGACUGAGGCUGGGCCCGGCCGAUGUUGGCCAUUAUCAGCACAAUGGGCAUGGCUCGCAAACAACAUUCGACAUACUGCCACCAUCCUAUAUAUGAGUCUGAGAGACUUCCAGAACCUCAACAUCGUCCUGACCCCCGAGUUCACGGACAUGCUAUGCUCGCAAAUUAAAUGGGGCCUGGGAGUGGUGCGCUUCAUCAUCAACACGAUCCUCGAAGUCGGCGAUCGCGAGUCCAACCCAGAAAUCUUCGUCGACGAGGUUCCUACCCCAGCAAAACCCAACGGCACCACCACCAGCGAAGCGUCGCACCCCGGCAUCGCCAGACUAGGCGACACCGCGGGGGACGGCAGCCAAGGCCUCAUCGCACUCCUCCUCAACUGCCACUGGUCGCGCAUCUUCCUAAUCGCAUUUGUGCGCGCCGUGCGGGCCUACGCCAAGAUCAACGAGCCCAAACUGCAGCACCAACUGCAACUCCUACAGUGCAUCCAAGCGCAGACAAACGGGAAGGGCAUCUCAUUCCAGGCGAUCGAAGCCGUGCUCGAGUACCGGUGGGCGGCGGCCGGGGACGUCGAGGGCAACACGCCCGCCACGGCCUCGAAGCAACUGCACAUGAUGGCCACGGGGACCGUGCCCGAGGGCUACACCGGCACGGUCAAGGCGCUGCUCACGAAACUCAUCAACAACAGCGCGGGCCUGCGCGCCAAAUCCCUGCUCGACAGGUACAGGCUGUUCACGGACCCCGUGGACCUCGACUACGUGUUCCUGAACAACGAAGUCAUCGGGCGCGGCGGCGACGGCGACGGCCAGGUCGUCCGAUACGACAUCCACAGGAAAAGGCCCAUUCUCAGGGGCAUCGAGGAGCUCGGCAGUCCCGGGACGUUGAUGGUGAGGAAGUGUGUCAGGUGCGGCACCUACAGCGAGGAUGUCAAUCCGCCGGGCAAGGAGUGGCCACGCCAGAUCGCUUCCAUGAUGGCCAGGUGUGUCUGUGAUGGCGCUUGGGUGCUGCAGCCUUGGGAUGUCAAGGGUUAG